AUGACGUUUCGAGCCGGAGCUGCCAAAGUCUUGCCAGGCGAUCGAGCUCACAUCGUGCAGGUUGGAUUGGGCGACAACCGUACCUUCCUCCAUGAGCUGACAGGGGGCAAGACAAAGGCCGACGUGAGGUGGCUUUUGUCCGCCUGCUCCUCGCGGAAGGAUUUCCUUGGGGUGGCAGUGGAGCCCGUGUGGAAACACUUCCAAGCAGCCAGGAAUUUGGCCUGGCGGACGGAUGCGAGCGUCGCGCUCGUCCAGGCCGCCCUGGGCGCGGAGGAUGGCCAGUGCCGAAUCUUUUAUGUGGACGAGCCGGAGCCAAGGGACCUGGCGCGCCUGUCCCCGAGGGCCAGGGAAAACUUUGAGUGGCAGAUGAGCUACCUGCGGAACAUGUCCUCGGCGGAGGAAAUUUCGCCCCACCUGGCGCACUUCCAUGGGCGAUUACAGGGCAGCCUGGGCGUGGCGGUGCCGCUGGUGGAGAACUGGGUGCCCAUCAUCACCUGGACGCAGCUGGCGGCGCAGGUGGGCUUCAAGGGCUGCGAGGUGCUGAUCCUGGACACCGAGGGCUUCGAUGUGGAGAUCUUGCGGUCCAUGAUGCAGCACUGCGAGCGCCGGCCACAGGAACUGCCAUGGCUGAUCCAGUUCGAGAGCAAUGGCCUUUGCAAUGCUAGAGCGGGGUACGACUGUGAAACCGAAAUCAUGGAGGAGCUGGAGAGAGUCCACUAUGUCUGUGUCGGAAAGGGUCGAGACAGCUACUGCGUCCUUAAGGAUGCCCUGCCAAAAUCUUGGGCGCUGCAAAAGUGGCUGGAGUCGUGGUGCUGCGCAGAAUGCGCCUGGCAUGUGGAUGGAAGCAGGCAAUGCGCGGGACUGCUUCCCAUACGUGAUUACUCCAGAAGUUCUUUGCCAGAGAUGCAGCAAGAGAUCCCGCUGGUGGUGAGGGAAGACGCUUAUGGUGAUGCCGAGCCAAGGUAUGGCUUUGUAGAGUUCAAGAAUGAGGAGGAUGCAGACUAUGCCAUCAAGAUCAUGAACAUGAUCAAGUUCUUUGGAAAGCCCAUUCGCUGCAACAAGUCCUCUCAGGAUAAGAAGACCAACGAGGUUGGCGCAAACCUCUUCAUUGGCAACUUAGAGCCCGAGGUGGAUGAGAAGAUGCUCUACGACACCUUCUCCGCCUUCGGGGUUUUGCUGUUCGCGAAGGUGAUGCGUGACCCUGACAAUGGCCUGUCCCGGGGCUUCGGCUUCAUCUCCUACGACACCUUCGAAGCCUCCGACGCGGCGCUCGCGGGCAUGAACGGGCAGUUCUUGUGCAACAGACCCAUCAGCGUGUCCUACGCCUACAAGAAGGAGACCAAAGGAGAGAGGCACGGCUCCGCCGCGGAGCGCCUCAUUGCCGCCAACCGGCCCAAGGAAGGGCCCACGCCGGCUGCAGCGCCGGGGCGGUCGGGCGCGCCUGCUAUGCGGCCACCGAUGAUGCCGCCGGGCAUGCCGCCCAUGUGA